CUGACUCCGCCCCCCUGAGGGCAGAGGAAACAGAUGAGGAGGAGGAAGUGGUGCAGACUGUUGGGUAGUUCUCGAGUCGUCAUGACGACUUCACACCCUACCAUUACCAGAGCCAGCUUCCUGUUGCCACGGUGACUUGAUCCUGUUCCAUCUCUUCUCCAAAUUGGGCUGAUAAAGGAAAGCAGUCCCAGAGCACAGUCUCCUUUCCCUGAAAACAGCUCAUGGAUGGGACAGUGAAUCACAUGCAAGGACGCGGAUCGGAGUAGAGGAAGGUGCGGUGCGCUGGGAAUGCUGUGGGAGUAACACUGGAGUGUUGCCUGGAAACAGCAGCAUGCCAAUACAGCAGAUAACUGUGGUUCCAUCCAAGGAGACAGCCAGCAACAGCAAGAGAACUCCUCGCUCCAAAGAUAAAAACGAGCAGGGGAGGAAGCCCCUUGGGCGCUCAGGGAGUCGGUCCAGCAACAUCUCCAAGGUCAGUAACUCUACAACAGGACUAACUACUGCCUCAAGGAAAUCGAUCACCCUGUCUUCUCAGGACAUAUGCAGGAUCUGCCACUGUGAGGGGGAUGACGAGUGCCCGCUGAUAAUGCCCUGUCGCUGCACUGGGAGCCUGAGUUUCGUCCACCAGGCCUGUCUCAACCAGUGGAUCAAAUCCUCAGACACUCGCUGCUGUGAACUCUGCAAGUUUGACUUCAUUAUGGUAACAAAGCUGAAACCUUUACGCAAGUGGGAGAAGCUACACAUGUCAAAGAGUGAGAGGAGAAAGGUCUUCUGUUCAGUGUUGUUUCACCUGAUAGCAAUAGUGUGUAUGUUGUGGUCAGUCUACAUUCUGGUCAAGAGAACCGCUGAAGAGAUUAGGCUUGGAAAGAACGACGAUUUAUGGAGAGUUUCUCUUCUGAAGUAUUACACGCCACAGGGUGUGCUGGAGUGGCCCUUCUGGACCAAGCUGAUCGUGGUGGCCAUAGGCUUCACAGGCGGCCUCAUCUUCAUGUACAUCCAGUGUAAAGUCUACCUGCAGCUGUGGCGUCGCCUCAAGGCCUUUAACCGCAUCAUCACUGUGCAGAACUGCCCUGAGAAAGACCCGUGCAACUCUCAGGCACGGCCCAGCCCCCUCGUUGACGGCAGGCAUGAAACUGUGGAGGUUCCCGUCAGCCCAGCCCUUGUCCUGGCUCCAGAAGCGCAGGUGGACUCUGACACUUCAGUGGAGGCUGUUGUGGCACCAGCACCAAACCCUGUCUGAGUGAUUCCCCUCGUACUCAGAAGUCCUGAAUCACAACACAAGCUGAUGUGAUCAUGGUCUGACUGAGACUCACUCAAUGUUUUAUAUGUUCUUCUCAGCUCCAUUGAUCACCGAUCUUGAGAGACACGAGUGGAUUUAAAGUGAAAGUCCCUCAGUGAUCAAGGACAACUGAAAGCCUAAGAUAGGGAAAUAAAGCCAUCAGCAAGAAAACCGUUAAGGGCUGCAGUUUCACUAUUUUCAUCUCUGUAUGCAAAAGCAGCAGUGACUUGGCUUAUGUUUCAGGUGUGAAGACCCCGUGGAUGCCAUUAGUCAAAGGUCUCAACAUGCUUCAAAUGAACUUUGACCGACAUCGCACAUCUGAAGUUGGCCAG